AAGACAUGCCCAGUUUGUCGCAGAGUAUUUGUUAGAGAUUUAAAACGUCACAUCAGAAUCCACGAUGAUAAACCCAGAUUCAAAUGUGUUUUUCAUAGAAAGGAUAAAACAAAUGGUUUGAAAAUGUGUUUACAUUCAACUGGCAGAUUCAAUCGUCCUUACGAUCACAAAAAACACUUGUUGAAUAAUCAUUUCACGUUUGAGGACCCUCAUGGCAAAAAAGAAGCCAACUUGGGCCCAAAGCUUGAUUGCAGAGGUUCUUGUAACUACUGUGGAAAGCAUAUGACUGGUCAAGAGUUCAUUGAGCAUGUUGACCAUCAAAAUAACCAAAAAAACUUAUGUCCAUAUCUUACAAAGUUACUAUCAAAAGACUAG